ACUAAGAAGAAACCGUUCGUCACUGGAAAACGACUUUAACCGUCACUCUCGAGGAGAGUCUCGGACCGUUGCUUCUAAACGAUUUUCAAAACAACACAGAGAGAAGAAGACGAAGAAGAAAUAGGCGGGGACAAUGGAGGCGGCGGCGACGGCUGCUCUGGUGAAGCGGAUCGGCACGGUGAUCAAGAGGGCUUCCAAGAACAGAGCAUCCGCAUGGUGGUACAGCCCUCACAUGGCCGCCGCGUCCCGUGCGAUCGCAGAACGCCUUCCCCUCGCCGAUCUCAUCGUCGAGGUCCGGGACGCCAGGGUAUUGUAUCCGCCGUUCCGUUGUCAUCUGAGUAUGAGCUACUGAAGAAUUGCCCAUCUCCAUCCAGGCGAAUUGUGGUACUGAACAAGAUGGACCUCGCAAACAGUUCUCGUACCAAGGAGUGGAUGAGGUACUUUGAGCUGCAGAACUGUGAAUCUUUUGCUGUGAAUUCUCAUAAUAGGGAAAAUAUUAAGCAGUUUUUGAAUUUCUUACAAGCGAAAGUAAGAGAGUUGAAAAAGAUGGAUAAUUCUAGCAGCACUACAGCAAUUAUGUUAGUUGGAAUCCCUAACACUGGAAAGUCUGCCCUCGCCAAUUCAUUGCAUAAUAUUGGCAGGAUAAGCGCGGCAGAGAAAGGAAAGUUGAAGCAUGCAGCAGUGAGCUCUCAGCCAUGUGAGACAAAAGAUAUUAGCAGUUUGAAGAUUGCCAGCAAUCCAAAUGUUUAUGUGUUGGACACUCCAGGAGUCUUGCCUCCAGUUAUUUGCGACUUUGAGACCAGCUCCAAGCUAGCUUUGAUUGGUACAAUUAGGGAUUCCUUGGCUGGAGAAAAACAACUCGCACAGUUCUUCCUAUCAAUACUUGACUCAGGUAAAGAAUAUGAACAAUGGGCAAAGCUGUCAACCGCUGGAUCUGGUAGAUUGAGUGUGGAUUUCAGAGAAGAAUAUUCAGGUAGCUGUGAAACUGAAACAACAAAGAAACGGCAGUAUCCCUCAGAUCAUACCCAGGAUUUCAUCGUGCAAGAUGUACGCCGUGUCCUUUAUGAGAGCAUUUCCUCCACGCGUGUCGACAUGAGACGUAGGAAAGAUGUGUUGAGGCUUAUCGAGUUUCAACUGGCUGCUCUGCGAGAAGCUUUUAGGAUCCCCUCAGAAUUAGGCGAAGAAGAUGCCUGCAUCAGAGUUUCCGAGAAAUUAUUAAAUUUGUACCGAACUGGGAGGCUUGGACAUUUUACUUUGGACGACAUCCCAAAAGACAUUGAUGUUCAUGGUACUUCAUAAUCUUACCAAGUUCUUAUUUUCAUCUA